GCGGGCGGGUUACACAGACAUGUGACUUGGCCUCGCUGUGGAUGCCGCUCAUUGACAAACCCGGCGCAGAUAGUGACAGGGAAUCGGUGUGCGGAGAGCAGGAAAGAUGAACGCGGAACGGGACCUGUCCCCCCUCACCCCCAACAUCGUGCGUGCCCUUAAUGACAAGAUGUAUGAGAAGCGCAAGGUGGCGGCCCUGGAGAUAGAGAAGCUUGUACGGGAGUUUGUGUCUCAGAACAACACUGCCCAGAUCAAACAUGUGAUCCAGAUUCUGUCCCAGGAAUUUGCUCUUUCUCAGCAUCCCCACAGCAGGAAAGGAGGCCUUAUUGGACUGGCAGCAUGCUCAAUAGCCCUUGGCAAGGACUCUGGCCAGUAUCUAAGGGAGCUUAUAGAACCUGUGCUUACCUGUUUCAAUGACGCUGACAGCCGACUGAGGUAUUAUGCUUGUGAGGCCCUCUACAACAUUGUCAAAGUGGCUCGGGGCUCUGUCCUACCUCAUUUCAACGUUCUCUUUGAUGGACUCAGCAAGCUUGCUGCAGACCCUGACCCAAAUGUUAAGAGUGGCUCAGAGUUGUUGGACCGCCUGUUGAAGGAUAUUGUAACUGAAAGCAACAAGUUUGACCUUGUGGGCUUCGUACCGCUUCUUAGAGAGAGAAUCUAUUCAAACAACCAGUAUGCUCGACAGUUCAUUAUUUCCUGGAUCCUGGUGCUGGAGUCUGUUCCUGACAUCAAUCUGCUGGACUAUUUACCUGAGAUUUUAGAUGGCCUCUUCCAGAUUCUCGGAGAUAACAGCAAAGAAAUUAGAAAGAUGUGUGAAGUGUCACUUGGAGAGUUCUUGAAGGAAAUCAAAAAGUUGCCAGACAGUGUUAAGUUUGCUGAAAUGGCUAACAUUCUGGUGAUCCAUUGCCAGUCAACUGAUGAUCUUAUUCAGCUAACCGCUAUGACAUGGAUGAGAGAGUUUUUACAGUUGGCUGGUCGUGUGAUGCUCCCGUACUCAUCAGGGAUACUUACUGCCGUUCUGCCCUGUCUUUCCUAUGAUGACCGCAAGAAGAACAUCAAAGAAGUGGCAAAUGUGUGUAACCAGAGCCUUAUGAAGCUGAUUACUCCAGAGGAUGAUGAAACAGAUGACGUGAGACAGUCUCCUGCUACUCAGCCAGAUGAGGACCUUUCUUCAAACCAUGAGAAUAGCAGCCAACAAACUAGCAAUAACAGAGUUCUACCGUCUGCCCCUGAUUCCAACCUUGACAAUGCCAACAUCUUUGCUCCAAGCAGCAUGCACACAGGCCCCGUCUCCCUUAAUCUUGAUGGGAUAGUUCAUGUGUUAGAUCGGCACCUUCAUGAAUCCACUACGGGGAUGAUGACUAGAAUCUGCGUGCUGAAGUGGCUAUACCACCUUUACAUCAAGACACCCCGCAAGAUGUUUCGCCACACGGAUAGCCUGUUCCCUAUCUUACUGAAGACACUCUCUGAUGAGUCUGAUGAGGUCAUCCUAAAGGAUUUGGAAGUUCUGGCAGAAAUAGCUUCUUCUCCUGCUGGACAGACAGACAAAAUGACUGACUGUACUGACCUCCCCACUGGAGUGUCGGAACUUCAUGUACCAGUCCCAAACAAAGUGGCUCAGGCACACAAUUCUGUUAUCCGGGGUCUGGAGUGCUCACCAUCAACACCAACUAUGAAUUCUUAUUUCCACCGCUUUAUGAUUAACCUGUUGAAACGUUUUAGCAGUGAGAGAAAGCUACUUGAAACCAGAGGGGCCUUCAUCAUCAGGCAACUCUGUCUCCUCCUGAAUGCAGAGAACAUUUUCCAUUCCAUGGCUGAUAUACUGCUGAGGGAAGAGGAUCUGAAGUUUGCCUCCACCAUGGUACAGAAUUUAAACAGUAUCCUCCUCACGUCCUCAGAACUGUUCCAGCUCCGCAGCCAGCUGAAGGACUUGCAGACACCUGAGAGCUGCAAUCUUUUCUGCUGCCUUUACCGCUCUUGGUGUCACAAUCCCGUGGCCACAGUGUCUCUUUGUUUCCUUACACAAAACUAUCAGCAUGCGUACCACCUCAUCCAAAAGUUCGGAGACCUUGAGGUAACCGUGGAUUUCCUGACUGAAGUUGACAAGCUGGUGCAGCUAAUAGAAUGCCCAAUAUUUACAUAUCUCAGACUGCAGCUACUGGAUGUGGAGAAUCAUCCCUACUUGAUCAGAGCCUUAUACGGCCUACUUAUGCUCCUCCCCCAGAGCAGUGCUUUUCAGCUUCUUUCCCAUAGACUACAGUGUGUCCCCAACCCUCAGCUCAUGAGACCAGGAAACAAACAACCAGAAUCCUCAAGAGCAUCGAAGGAAGCUCCCGCAAGAAUAGAUGAUGCCGAGCUGCUGCAACACUUUGAGAAGGUUCAGAAGAAGCACUUAGAAAUACGGCACCAGCGUGCAGGUGCUGGGGAGUUGUUAGAACGAAGGCUUGUUCAGUGAGAGACGCUGCUGAAGAACCCUCACUGGCUCCUAAUGGCACAAAGGCUUUUUGACUUGGCCACAGAUGCUAAAGGUCCAUGCCUGAAUUCCUGACCUAUAAGCCCUUGAUCUAACAAAACCCAAACGUCAAGUCUGCAGCCACCAGAAAUGACAAAACAACUUCCUCAAGAAUGAUAUGUUGAAGGAUAGAACUGUGGAAUCCUACAGAGUAUAUUCAAGCAUUAUUUGAAACAUUUAAUUUGCAGGACCUUGAUAUGAUAUGAUCCUUCCUUUGAUAUGACCCUUCCCUAACGGUGGAAGUAACUGAGAUAUGCAUUUAGUGUUGGCUACAAGGCUGUGAUUGGCGCUAUCUUGCUUUGUGUUAUAGGAGAUUCUACAUGUCUGGGGUCAGUGAUCUCAUGGGAAAUGCUGCAGAUUUACCUGGAAAGUAAAAUAAGUAUUUGUUGCACCCAUUUUCUGAUCCAGUCAGUACUGAGCAGGAGUCCAAAAAGGUGUUUGUUUAUGUGAGACAAGGGGCCACAGGUUCACAAAUUUAUCUGGAAAUCCGUAGAACCAGAGGAUUGAAUGUUUUCAUCUAUAGAAUAAACAAGCUUUCGGGGAGUGUACACAUUAACAGCUGUUCUGUUCAUUAAUUCUAUAAGAUCUUAUUACAAAACAGUUGUUAUUGUCAGCUUUAGGAAACAGGUGUAAGAAACACAUUGUGCAGAUGUAGGCUAGAGGUCCUGUGUUAUAGGUAACCUCCCAUUUUAAUAUUUACAGGCUAGCUUUCCUUAAACAGUUACACAAUGGUGCGACAAUUACGAGCUGAAUAUGAUGUUACAUGGACCUACAGAAUGUUAUAUGGGGCACCUGGGGAAAAUUCCCUAGCUGCAACCUGUGUAGGCCAAAGAUAGUUUUUAACCUGUAGUGCAGGGAAGUAUGGGAAUUAUAUAGCCGGGCAAGCUUUCGUUAAUCACUUAUUAAAGUCGUCUCACCCUGCCUUGUGAUUGAACCUGCAUAACUUUGUGAUGGAACCAAAAAAAUGGUUCCCAAAUCUUGGUAGAGUACAAAUCUGGAAAGCUCUGUAUUGUUACAACUGCUGAAUGAAACUUCCCACUUAUUAUGGCCUCUAACUUUGUUCAAAAGCAAGAAAACCCCCUGCUGUCAGACAGAGAGACUUCCCGCUAGCGAGCACAGGAAACUAACAGAAUGAAUGGCAAGAUACAAGCUGAGAAAUGUACUUUAUAGCUUAGGGGAUUUGUACUGGGAUCCUGGAAAAACUACAUAUACAUGACAUUUAGUAAAAUGGUCAGAUUGCUUCUUUACCAUCAUGAGUCAUGGCUCUCCUAUCUAGUAAAUAGGCCAGAGCUAGAACUAGGAAUGACUGCACUGGGUGCUAUAUGUUAUGGACCCACUUAACACAGCAACUAUAGGCAGGAAGUCUGAGAAGAAGCUCCAUACUGUACAUAAUGCAUGUCUUGUGAUUGCAGAGGCAGUUCAACAGCUCCUGGACUAGCAGUAGGGAGAGAUGGUGCCUAUAGUAGCAGUGGGGAUAAUAGCGCUGGGAAGGGAUUGUGGCUGUGGGAUAGCAGGUAUAGUAGGGAGAUAUGGUGCCUUUAGUAGCAGUGGGGUGAUAAUAGCCUCUGAGAAGGGACUGUGGCUGUGAGAUAGCAGGUAUAGUAGGGAGAGAUGGUGCCUUUAGUAGCAGUGGGGUGAUAAUAGCCUCUGGGAAGGGACUGUGGCUGUGAGAUAGCAGGUAUAGUAGGGAGAGAUGGUGCCUUUAGUAGCAGUGGGGUGAUAAUAGCCUCUGGGAAGGGACUGUGGCUGUGAGAUAGCAGGUAUAGUAGGGAGAGAUGGUGCCUUUAGUAGCAGUGGGGGGAUAAUAGCCUCUGGGAAGGGACUGUGGCUGUGGGAUAGCAGGUACAGUAGGGAGAGAUGGUGCCUAUAGUAGCAGUGCUGGUAAGUGACUGCAGCUGUGGAAUAGCAUGUGCUUACAAGAAGACAGCAAUGCUUUAUAUCAGUGUUGUUCAAUCUACAAACAUUCAGUUGUUAAAAGUACAACUAACCACACAUAUAAACAGGCCAGGUGUGUGGGAGUUGCACUUUAACAACUGUAGAUGAUUAUGAUAACUAAUGGGGGGCUGCAGUCUUUUGCCCCAGGCCUGCCCAGCACUACACAUUACAGGCAGAAACAUAUUUUAUGUUAAUGUUGCAUUUAGAGAGCCUAGUGACCAAAUGAAGGAUACAGAAUUUUAUAAAGUAUUGCAAGAUUAAAUGGAUUCCUUCUUA